AUGGAAGCUAAAGAGAUUAAAUCAACAGUUUCAAACUUAGAGAAAUCAUCAGAUGAUGUUACCAUUUUGAAAUUAUUGAACAUUUUAAAUGAUGGAGUUAAGCCAUCGGAAAAAUUGUUAAGGGAAACUAAAGUUGGGGUUGCAGUCAAUAAAUAUAGAACUAGUUCAAAUAAUGAAAUCAGUUCAUUAGUUAAAAAGAUGAUUAGAUCUUGGAGAGAUACUGUUCAAGCUGAAAAGAGUAAGAAAAAAACUGUAUCACCUGUCAAUUCACCAUCAAAAGAACCUCCUAAAGAAAAUAAAUUCCAUUCAGGUCCAAGAAAUCCUAAAAUUGAUGGGGUUAGCACUGAUGUUUAUGAUGAUUCUACCAGAAAUGCCUCCAUUACAGCUUUGUAUACUGCAUUAGCCAUUGAAAGAGGUGAUGAAGGUAAACACAUCCUUAAAGUAGCUACGGAAAUUGAAAAGGAAGUAUUCAGAGAUGAAUAUUCUAAAGUAAAUGAUUCUUAUAGAAACAAAUUAAGAACCUUCGUUAUGAAUUUGAGAAAUAAAAAGAAUCCUGAAUUAAGAGACAGAUUAUUAACUCGUCAAAUAGCUGCCGAAAAAUUUGUUAAGAUGUCACCAAAUGAAAUGGCACCAGAAGCUUUAAAGAAAGAAAUUGAAAAAUUACAUAAACAAAAUCUUUUCGAUGCUCAAGGAGCUACAGAAAAAAGAGCUGUCACUGAUAGAUUUACCUGUGGUAAAUGUAAACAUAAGAAAGUUAGUUAUUAUCAAAUGCAAACCAGAUCAGCUGAUGAACCUUUAACAACAUUUUGUACAUGUGAAAAUUGUGGUAAUAGAUGGAAGUUUUCUUAA